CUCCCCUUCGGAGCUCAUACAAACAACGACAAGCAUGUCGCUGACCAAGUCCCUCCUGUUCGCCCUCCUGGCCAUCGUGGCCCUGGCGGGAAUCAGCGCCGAGCGCGCCCGCUAUGACAACUACCGCCUGUACAAGGUGAAUGCGGAGAAUGCCGAGCAGCUGGCCGUGCUGAAGCAGCUCGAGAGCUCCAGCGACUCCAUCCUGUUCCUGGACGGAGUGCACAUUGUGGGGGCCGAUGUCAAGAUGGUUGUGGCCCCGCACAAGGUACCCGAUCUACUGGAGAUCCUCGGCAAGGCCGAGAUCAAGUAUUUGCUGCAGUCGAAAGAUGUGCAAAAGACCCUCGACGAGACCGACGAGAAGGUUGCCAUCAAGGGACGCGCCGGCGAAGCCUACAACUGGCAGCAGUACUACGAGCUGGACGACACCUACACCUGGCUGCAGACCCUGGCCAAGACCUACCCCGGAGUGGUUACCCUCAUCGAGGGCGGCAAGACCUAUCAGGGACGCUCUAUUCUGGGCGUGAAGAUCACCAAGAGCGGCAAGGAGAAGCCUGGCAUCUUUCUGGAGGCUGGCAUCCACGCCCGCGAGUGGAUCGCCCCCGCGGCGGCCACCUACAUCAUCAACCAGCUGCUGACCUCUGAGGUGGAGGCCGUCAAGCAGCUGGCCGAGAACUACACCUGGUACGUCCUGCCCCAUGCCAACCCCGACGGCUAUGUGUACACCCAUACCACGGACCGGAUGUGGCGCAAGACCCGCACCCCCUACAGCAGCUGCUUCGGCGCCGAUCCCAACCGCAACUGGGCCUUCCACUGGAACGAGGUGGGCGCUAGCAGCAACCCCUGCUCCGACACUUACGCCGGCCCCUCUGCCUUCUCCGAGAUCGAGACUCUCUCCCUGUCCAACUACCUUGCAUCGCUGAAGGGCAAGAUCCAGCUGUACAUCUCCCUGCACGCCUACUCCCAGUACCUGCUCUACCCCUACGGACACACCGGUGAUCUGCCCGACAAUGUGGCCGACUUCAAGAAGGUCUACGACGUGUCCGUUGCCGCCGUGAACAAGCGCUACGGCACCACAUACACCGGAGGCAACAUCUACGAUGCCAUCUACCCAGCGGCCGGCGCUAGCGUGGACUGGGCCUACGGCACCCAGGAUGUGCGCAUGGCCUUCUGCUACGAGCUGCGUCCCUCCUCGAACAGCGUCCUCACCGGCUUCAAGCUCCCAGCCGCCCAGAUCGUGCCUGCCAGCGAGGAGCUUCUCGACUCCAUCGUGGCCAUGGCCGCUGAGGUCAAGAGCCUGGGCUACUUCAACUAAAUCUAAGGCUAAGAGACUAAAUAAAGGACUCACAGUUUGACGGCAUA